GCUUACCUGAGUUCCCAUAAUCAGCAUAAACACCGUCCGGCGAGAUAAUGAAAUCAUUAUCACUGCCUUUUGGCAUAACGGUUAAGGGACGACAGUCUUGACCUACUUACAGUUAUCGAAUAAGGAUGGCAUCAUUAUCUAAGGCUGAGAAGGCCUACAUCCAAUCCUCCUUGCUAUCCGAUCCACCAUUACGCGCAGAUGGUCGCGGUUUGACAGAUUUUCGAACCAUAGCCCUCGAGUCUGGAAUUGCCCCCCUCGCAAAUGGAAGCGCACGCCUUAGCAUCGGUAGAAACGCGCACGAUGGCGGUGGAAGCACCGAAGUCGUAGCUGCUGCAAAACUGGAAGUCGAGACCGUUGGCGAUGGGGAAGGUGUAGAUGGCGGAAGAGUAAUUUGUUCUGUCUCUUGCUCUCCGACUGCAUACCCACUUCUUUCCUCGAAUGCCCUGGAUGACUUACAACAUGACAUGACGUCUAUACUAAACUCUAUCCUCUCUCAUCCAACAAUGCGACCAAAAAAUCUCAUUAUCUUACCCGGAAAGAAAUCUUGGUUGCUCAACCUUGAUGUCAUAGUAUUUUCUGACGCAGGAAACAUCUUCGACGCGAUUUUCAUGGCUGCACGUGCCGCUUUGUGGGAUACCAAGGUGCCUAGAACAAAGAGCGUUCAAUACCGGGCGAAGAAAGGCGACCGGAAAGACGCGACUCACGCGAUGGACACGAUCCAAGUGGCUGACUUCGAGCUUCCUGACCACUUGGAUGAGGGGGAACCCCUCGAUGGAAGACAAUCUUGGCCAGUUUGUCUUACCCUCAAUUUGCUACCUACCUUACAUUUCCUAGAUGCCACGCUACAAGAAGAAGCUUCGGUUCCUCUCAAGCUCCUCGUGUUGUACUCCUUCCCGUCAGAUGCAACACCACUGCUACGAGGCAUGCGCUUGCUUGGGACAGGCACGUCUGACCUCACACAGGUCAAAAGCCUCUUGAAGGAUGGUGAAAAGUAUGCUCGGAAUGUGUGGGUUGCCCUUGAAGGAAAGCUCAAGGACGAAGACCUCAGACGUAACCAAAAAGCCAGAGAGAGGUUUCUUAAUAGAUAACCUUGCAAUGACAUGGCAUUCUCACGGUGACUCAAGGGAGCGGACCGUUCGAGCUCUGUUGAAUUCGUAAGCGGUUUCAUGAUCAUUAUCACUGCUGGAAUAGCAGUAAUUGCCGACUUGAUGCUCCGGAGAUCAUUGACCAGUGAUACAUUCGUCAUUUGAGACCCGCCUCUCCCUUUCCAGGAAGCUCCAGUGCGCAGACAUCGGACAAACGGUCGAUGUAAGGCUUGAACUGUCCUUCUAGUGUUCCCGUUCCUCAGUGGCUUGAACACUCUGCCCUGCAGCCAGAGCACGUGGGCCAAGAAUAGCUUUCACCGGGCAAGCAUGCACCCCUCCAGUCUGCUGACCCUGUAAGAGACGCCCAAAGUGUGCGGACAUCUUAUUCCGAGUGCGAGAACACUGCAUGGCAUGUUGGUCUAUUUCGUGCGCGUGUUCUUUUGGGGUG